AUGCCCACAUGUAAUGCGACUUCAUCAACAACGCUUGCAUUUUCCACGUUCGCAUACGCAGCUCCAGAAUCUGUUCCGCCACUAAACACCUCUGAAUGUAUCAAAAGUCAUCGAAUUCUACCUGAUGUCGCCGCCGCACGCUUAUACGAUACCUGGAAAACACUGAUACCCACACUCGUUGAUGUUCAACUCGGGUAUACUCAGAGGACCGUCGGCAAGAUUCUCGAGCGGCCUUCAACGGUCUUGUCUGCAUGUCGCUCCCAGAAAUGUGCACAAAGGCGCACGACCUUGAUUGGACUAUUUUUCGAUACUCAAGUCCUGAUUCUGAACGGUUUGUUCCCCACUUCACCCUCCCAGCCACGUCUGGCAGUCUCUACAGACUUACUCGCGUUUUAUCGCGCGCUUUUCGAGCGCUCCUGUGACGCUGUAAAUGCGCUCGCAUCCGCCCUUCACACGCAUUACGUCCGUAGAGGUUUUCAUAUGACCAAUGGCAAAGGUGAAUUUAUUCAAGAACCCUUCCGGCGAAGUCUUGGUCAAGCCAUACUUUGGUUUGACGUCUUACAGGUCGAGCUCGAAUCCCAGCUCGAACGCGCUGUUCAAGCAAGCCGAGACCUGGUAGAGGCCUCUCGAAAUCCUCCGGAGCACCCCGCACCAUUUAUUCCCACUGCAGACGUGGUUCCACGUGAGCGCUGCGCCACAAUCCUUCUUCAACGCUGUCCUGCUUGUUUUGGAGGGGUCUCAUUUGGAAGGAAGCUGGAAGAAGGUGGCGAUAUCCACGUAGCUACUGAUGGGAACUUCCAUCAUCGACAUCGGCGUUCAGCAGGCGACUCACCUCACUUUUACGAUCCCACUUACUUCUUACCUAAAGCCCAGGUUGACGACAUUGGGCGUCAUAUUAAUCGGAGUCGCAAGUCCACACCAAAGCUGCAUGCACCGCUUGUACCCCAUGAGGCCAUCGACUUAUGCGAAAAUUCAUACGAGGCCGCUGACGGAAUGAAACAAAAAGCGGCCAUGGACAGCUUCGACGACACAGGAAUAAUGGCUUUGAUAUGUCGCCAUGACAUUCCCCUCUUCUUUGCAAACAUCGACACUCCAGGCGAACAGCAAAAAUAUGCCGUCGCCCUUAUUGAUCACCUUUUUACUUUAUUACCUCGAAGCGCAACGGUUGUCACUCUGUAUGACGUGGGGUGUGUUCUCUCACGAUCAUUGAGUCAGUACAACAUACUUCCCGAAGCUGUAACGAAGCGCCUGCGAUUCGCAACCACGGCCAUGCAUGCCUACGGGCAUGAAUGGUCGUGCCAACUCGUUUACAACCCACGAAUAUGCGAAGGCCUUGGCCUUUCAGACGGAGAAGGCACUGAGAGGCUAUGGUCCAGGUUUAUCCGCUUGAUAGGUAUCCAGCGCUCUUCAUCAAGACAGCGUCGGUUAUGGCUUCUUGACCGACAGGCUGCCGCUAUUGGUCUUGAGAUGCGUGCUGACCUUGGAGAUUGGAUCCGGCGUCGACUUAAACGAGGGAUUGACGAACAAGGGACAGCUGCACAGACCACACUGGAUGAGUGUGAUGCAACAGUUGAAGAUCUGCGACAUCAAUGGGCUCUGCAGCGACAGUCACAAUUAUCCAUUCGCGCUCACGCCCCUGCUCGGCUCAAAAAAGAGCUGGAAACUGUGUUUGCCCUACAGGGUGACCUCGAUGCAUCUGAGAAGGCACUUCAAGCAACGAGCGAUGUGAUUUCAAAGGGAAAUGUAUCCCGAUGCACACUUGACGCGAUUGAGAGCCUGGAACGAAGUCACCAACGCCUCAUGGACAAGGUUGACGUCUUAUAUGCUUCCCUCAACAUUCACGACAAAUUCCCUGAGCUGGAAGGGAUCAACAUCGAAUUCGUUCGCACACUUCUCUUGGCACGGGACCUGAAGAUCAACAUCCGGAAGUGUGCAAUUGGGAGCUUCUUCGAGUGGGACAAACUCGAUCGUGCUGUCGGCGGCACACAACAAGCAUUAGGGACCAAACUUCACCAGCAGACCCGAAAGGCCAUCUCAAAGCGACAACCAGCCUUGCUGGCUGCACUACGUAAAUUCAAUGGAUACUGCGAGCGCCUUGAAGAACUGUAUGAACCAGGUUGUGGUAUUCCUCUCCCGACACCUCUCCCUACCAAGCUGAAUGAACUCCGCAACGAUCAAACAUUGAUGGAGGACAUUUGGAUUACGCCUUCGGCGGGUGAGGUUCCUAGUUGGCUAGAUGAUCAGGAUGUCCGUGAUGGGAUACGCGCGAUGUUAAAGCGUGACAGAUGCAUUGAGGAACAGUGGUUUGGCGAUGAACUGGCUGCAAUAGAACUUGCUCUGCAGUUGCCUGAGAGUAUGUACUAUUGUCGAUAUCCAUCUUUAAUACAUGCACUAAUUACUUCACAGAUAUCAGAUUUUCUAUCUUACUACGCCAGCGGCGGGGACAUCUCCAACAUCUUCAAAUUCGUUGCGAUGCGGAUCUCGGGCACCUCCCAAGAAACUGCGCUUCGCUGGAUUCCUCAAACAUUGAUAUCAUGCGCCACUCUCCUGGAGGAGGAGGAAGUGGAAGUGGAAGUGGAAGUGGAGGAGGAGGGCAAAGAGGAUCCAGAGGUUAUCGCUACAUCAUUCAAUCAUCCUCCACCCGAACACUUUGCCCUUGGUGACGUCAUGAACAUUGACACUCCUGACAGCGAAGGUGAAGAGGAUAUCGAUAUCCCAACUGAGCCUUGUGCUCUCAUCACCUGGCAUACUCCCGAGCGAGUUGUUGUUGACCCAGUACCACCAAUGAAUGACACUACUGUCGUUGUCCCUGGGAUCAUCAGAACCAGGGUGCGUCCCGCCCGUGAUGCAUUCCCACAGCAAGUUUUUGAACCAAAGGACAUCGGGAUCCUCGCAUCGCCCACUGCACUGCUGAACGAUACCCUCAUCAACGGUUGUGCAGCGUUGCUUUAUUCUGAGUCUCUACAAGUUUCUCCCGCUGUCGAACAGUAUGCGAUUUUGUCCACUCACGACCUCCCCUGCAUUCGGUACAAUGCGUCAGACGACAGGCUUUGGCGCAACAUAUCAUGGACGGGUUAUUGGGCCAAGGACGUGUGGAUCAUACCGAUUCAUAGACCCUCGAUUGUCGGUCAUUGGGUGCUGUGCAUUGUGCACCUCCAGAGCAAGGAGAUUCACCUAUUUGAUAGCUUUGCCGAGCAACGACCUUGGAAGAGCGAUGUCAAAGAUAUUAUGAAAUUGAUCGUUCGACUUUUCAACAUCGCUCGGCAACAUGAUCGUGCGUUCAGAGUCAACAUCGACUUUGACGGUUGGAUUGCACGUCCGCUAAUAACCAAUGGCUAUGACUGCGGCGUGUGGGUGCUUGCGAUGAUUGCAGCAACAUUGCGUGGAUGCCACUCUACGGCUUUGAAGGAAGAUAAUAUGCCUGCAUUUUGUCACUACCUUCGUACACUUGUAUUAUCAAUCCCUGCAUUCUGA